AUGCCUUUUCCAAGGUGCAUAUCUGCUGACUAUUUCGGUCCUAAACCUAUUGCAGUAAGCGCUCAUUUUUCAAGCGACCACGGUGCUUUUAUUCCAGAAGAUGGAGAAGUUGUUGAUCCUGAAACUGGAGAAAUUAAUUAUGGUUUCCACCAUAACCAGGUGGUGAAGUGGAAAGAUACUGGAUUAGAAACCAAUGGAGAUAGCUUAAUAGUGCGAGUUAAUGGUGCAUGGACAUCUUGGAGUAAUAAUAACAAGAAGGAAUCUAAAAAAGGCAGUUAUACCUUACAAAGCUUGGAGCAGUUAAAAUAUGCAACUAAAUUUGAAGGCAAGUCAGGUGAUAAUAGUCUACCUGACUUUCACUUAGUUUGUAAUGAUUACAAACCUAGCAUACAAAAAUUUUCAAGUAAGCCUAAUGCAAGUUGCACUGUAAAUUGCAAGUGCAUUAAUGAAGAUGAUAGCGCAAAUACAGUAUCACGUGGUGCUCCAUGUUGGUUUACCAAUGGUCAUGGUGCUUAUCUUUUAUUUCAAAGGCCUGAUGACGAUAGUCCUAACAAAGAUUUGAAAUCUAUGCGUAAUCCUGAAUCUCUCACUGUACAUCUAGGUUACAACUCCGUGGCAGAAGAUGGAAGCGGUCUUUUUACUUUAGACAGAAAUAGCACUAGAUUAAAAGACAGAAAUUGUAAUACGGUGAAGUUAGAAAAAGGAUGGAAAAUAUAUGUAAAAAUAUUAGAUAGAUAUUACUUAGAUAAUGUAGGUGGCUACUCCUUUGAUUUUUUGGGUGGAGUGCAGCAGCCAAGUAACUCCGGAUUUUUUGAUUAUAUUUAUCACUACCUAAAAUGUGUGUUAUUAAUCAACAAGAAUUGUGAAAAACAUUUUGACAGUAACGACCCUGCAGCUGCACAAGCUAUGUUUCAAAACAUAGCUGAAAAAAGUACGAGCUUUCACAAUUUUGUUCUUUCCUUGCUUGUUCUAUUUGUAAUGAUUUCAUCGCUUCUUUAUCUUUUUGGCAUGAUACGAGAAACUAAGCAUGAUAUGCUCAUCAGAAUGAUGAAAAUCACUCUAGUAAUAGUGCUUAUAUCUCCUGGAAGUUUUAGAUUUUUCUAUGAUCAUUUUCUCGUUUUAUUCAUCAAAGGCCUUGAACAAUUGAUAAGCAUAAUUACUAAUUUUGCUCCCAACAUGAACAACGGAAGUAUUGCUCAAGGAGAUGAAGCUAAGUUGUUUAGCUUCAUGGAGGACAUGUUCAAUAAGUUUUUUGCUUAUUCUGUUUGGAAAAAGUUUGCAGCGUUUUUACAUUACCAAAUGUGGGCAAGCCUCCUUAUGAUACCAGCAAUUUUCAUAGGAAUUGUUUUAUAUCUUCUGCUAUGUUUAUAUGCUUACAUAAUAUUUCUCUCUGGCUUUAUGGGUAUAGCUUUUCUUAUAGCUAUCAUGCCAUUGUUCCUGAUCUCUAUUUUAUUUUCACCGCUGAAAAGUCUGUUUGAUGGGUGGAUAAAAUUCUGUAUUAGUUUUUGCUUGCAAUCGAUCAUGAUAUUUACUCUGCUGUCAUUGCUGGCUGCAAUUAUAAUGAACACCUUUUAUAGGCAAUUAGGUUUUACUGUAUGCUACAAUAAAUGGUUUGAGGUAAGGUUAUGUGCUCCAAAAUCGGUGUUUGGUGGUUUUUGUAUCAUUGAUAAGCAGUACUUUGGUUGGACCCCAGGGCAAAUUUUUGUACCUUACACUAUCGGAGAAGCUUCUCCACUUAACAUAGAUAAAAGCAUAGAAGGCAUAGAAAAGAUAAGCAGAGAAGAUGGUACAAUAAAGUUUACUGGAGGCGCUGGAUAUAUCCCUCUUCCACCGGAUUAUAUUGAAAAAGGUUUUCGUUAUAUAGAUUACCCUUUCUUUAAUCCAAUUCCUGGCACUAAAAAUAAUCCAGCAGACCAUUAUAUAGCAGAGAGUGAUAUGGUAGUAGAUAAUAGCUGUAGUGCGAAAGAUUUAGUGCGUUUAACAAAUAGUUUAUCCCAUGCGUCAGAAAAGGCUGAUAUCCUAUUGUUAAUCAACAACAUAGACAAAAAGAUGGGUAGUAUGGAUAGUGAAAUAACAAAGCACUACUGUCAAUCUACACAAGAUGUAACCGAAUGCAACAAUUAUCGAAAGAUGAUAAAUGAUUAUAAAAAAGGUAUCAUAGGACCAGAUCUGAAAAGAGAGAUAAAGUCUUUAGUGCAGAAAGUAGUAGAACGACGGGGUUGUAGAGUACUGAAACUUCAUGAUUUAUAUAAGGAUCCCAACAGUGAAUACUGCCAGAAAUGUAAAGAUUGUGAGAAUUGCAAAAAUUAUCAAGAUAAUAGCGAUUACCAAAGGGUGCAAGAUAUACAGAGAGGUUAUUUAAUCAAUGCAGGGGAAAUCUUUGUAUUAUUCUUGCUUUCAUUUUUAAUGUUCUCCCUGCGCGAGCUCGUACAACAAAUGGGCUCAAGUAUUGCCGGUGGUGGAUACAGCGUUUACAAUAUAUCUAGAAUGUAUGAAGGAGGUGGUAUAUUAUCUCAGAUCCCGUUACCUAAAUUUUUUGAAAAGAUUGGUGUAACUAAUUUAAUGGGGUUAAUUUCUCUACCUAAGCAUCUGUUGCAAGGUGCUAUUGGUGGAGGACUUGAGUCUCUAGGUCAAUUUGCUACUGGGCUACCUAAUCAAUUAGCUGGAGGUGCAGCUAAUCUAGUGGGCAGGAUACCAGGAGUUGGAGGUGUGCUAAAACAUGCUAUUAAUGUGCCACGUAAAUUUGUAAGUGCCACUAUUGAAGCAACAAAAUUUCUAACUUCGCCUAAAAAUGAUGUUGAUAAGCUUGAAGAAAAAAUUUACAGAGCAUUUGGAGUUGAUAAAGAAGAUAUUGCACAUAGAAGGAUUAACAGAUAUUUGGAAUAUUAUAAAGGAUACGUGGGAUCACACUUGGGCUAUACGAUAGAAGAUGCUAUGAAGUUUACUUGGAAGCAUGGCCUUGAUUCCGUAGGGAAGCAUGGCUAUGAUCAUAACCUACUCUAUAGGGCGAAAGAAUAUAGACGGGAAUUCCUUGAAAGGCUUCAUGAUUAUACCAUUGGGCGUAAGAGAGAACCAGAGAGAUAUAAGGAUGAGGGUAGUAACAAUCAAUCAAGUGUGCCAGAUCCAAAACAAGGCGAGAGCCAACCAAAUGAAUCAAUAAAAAGAGGUCUUGGUUACUAUAAAUUGCAACAAGACGAUAAUGGCAAUAUAAAGUUAAAUGACUAUGAUGACAUCUUGAAUGCGCGCAGAGCAAGAGUGGAUCUAUUAUUAGAUAAUACAUUGCCAGAUAACAACAUCGACUUCGUUAAAUUGAAUAAAGCUUUGAGUGAGAAAUUUAUAGAUAAUCAUGAGUUGUUAUCCGAAUUUGAUAAGGAAGAUAAAGAAAUUGCGCAAGAAGAACUUAAGGUGUUUAGUAUUUUAGAAAGCCUUGAAGACCUUGAAAACGUGAAAAGUGAAGAUUUAUUAGAGGUUAGCUUAUUACUAUCGGAUCUUAGCUUUAUAGAGAGAAAUGUUGUACUGAAUACCGAUCAGAAUUCUGAUCUCGCAAAGUUUAAAAGUCUAUUUAUUGAAAAAAAAUCAUCUGGUAAAGAAUAUAGUGAUGAAGAAUGUAAAGAUUUCCUUGAUGAUAUAGAUAGAAUCAAUACUAUAAUUAAGUUAGAGUUAGAAAGCAGAAUUGAAAGGAUGAAUCACGAUGAAAAAAAUGAUUAUGGUGAUUUACAAGAUGAGAUUGGUCAAGAAAUGAAUGCAGCAGAUAAAUCAAAGAAAAACAAUUAA